AACGGGCGGAGAGGGAGAGGUGGGCGUGGUGAAGGCGUGGGCGCCCUGCCUGCGUCAUGAGGUGGGCAGAGACACCGGCCGCCCUUGAGCCCCGUCAUGAGCGCCCGCGCCCGACACGCCCCUGAUCCGGGGCCAACGCUCAUCCGCAUCAGCCCGGCGCGCAUCCACACGCAGGUGACCCAGACUGUGAGGUACCGUCCGCUGAGGUCACUGCUGUUGCUCGUUCUCCUGGUCAUAGUGUCACUCUUCGUCCUGCUCACGUUGUCCCAGAUGGCCGUCGUCCAGCACACCAUGAUGGCCCAGCUGGACACCCGCCGCCCGGGAGUGGCCGGCCUGGGCGUGGGGAACCUGGUGGGGGGGCGGGCGGGGGCGCGGACCCCCCAGAGGACGUGGAAGAGUCAGUUCAACCAGUUCAAAAUCGAGCCGCUUCUCAUACGCAAUGCGCCGUCCGUGGAGGUGAACAGCGCCCUGGCAGACAACCGCCGGCGAGCGAGCAAGCUGGCCGCCAUCAUCGUCAGGAACUCCAUCCUCGUCACUUACUCCGCUCGCCACGCCAACCUCUCCUCGACCCACCGCGAGCCCCACUCAACCCAGCCUCAGCCCCAGCCCGCCCACCUCCACCCACGCCAGUCCACGACCCCCGCUUCAACGACGGGCGCCCAGUCUUCCCCCGCCCUCCUCAACCCGCACGCCCGCAAGACGAACGGCAUCGUCCAAACCCCGCCCACGGCCUCGCCCGCCCACACCACUCACCACGCCCACGGUCUCUCGAACUCGUCGGUCGCUACGAGAAGCCCUCCGAGUGCCUCGCGUGAUACAGCGAGUGUCCGCAGCGACGUCGUGGAAGCUCCGUCAGGUGCCGGUGCCGACGGGACGAGAGCGAGUGCCAGUGAGGGCAGCGGGAUAGUGAGUGCCAGUGCCCCAGCAGGCAGUACCAGCCGCCCACAGACAAAGGCGAGUGCCAGUGCGGAAACCCAAAGAAGACACUUUCUGAGAAAACUCGGGUGCGCUCCCGAGGACGCUGGCUGUGAGAGUGACACCAGACGGCCGCAGCGAACGGCGCGCGCAGGGCCCGCGCCGUCCCUCGCUGGUUCCGCAGGGACGGCCGCCCCAGGCGUCCCCGGCGGCAGCGCCACGCCCGCGGCAGAGCGGCAAGAGGAGUACGGGGACCGGAGGGAGACCGAGGCCCUCCCGACGGAGUUCGGCGAGGCGGAGAAGGACUUCGAGCCCCUCUACCUGCGGGAGGACGACGAGAGGGACGACCUCACCGGCGCCGGCGCCACGACGCCCGCGCCCACGCGCAAGCCGCGGCCCGUGCCAAGGCUGACGGAGGAGCAGCUGAGGGCGCUGCCCCCGUGCCCCGACAUUCCUCCUGACCUCAAAGGUCACCUCAGCAUCGACCUGGAGGAGAUGGAGCAGCUAGGUCUCGAAGAGGUUCUGUCGAAGCUGGACUGGGUUCUACCGGGAGGCCGCUGGAGUCCGGUUCACGAGGCCAAGAACCCUUGUCUUCCGCGCCACAAGGUGGUGGUGGUUCUGCCCUACCGCGAUCGCCUGCACCAUCUGGUUAUUCUGCUCAGCUGGCUUCACCCGAUCCUGCGUCGUCAGCAGCUGGAGUACACCAUCUACGUGGCUGAGCAGGCCGGCAACGCGACCUUCAACAAGGGCGCCAUCAUGAACGCCGGCUUCAUGGAGGCGUGGCAGCGCGGCGACGCCAACUGCUUCGUCUUCCACGACGUCGACCUCCUGCCCGAGGACGACCGGAACAUGUACUCGUGCCCGCCGCAGCCUCGGCACCUCUCCGUCGGCGUCGACACCCUGGGAUACAAGUUGCCUUAUUUCCUGCUGGUGGGCGGCGUCCUCAGCGUUCGAGGCGACCACUUCCUCCGACUGAACGGCUAUUCCAACAUGUACUGGGGCUGGGGUGGCGAGGAUGACGAUAUGGGGUACAGGAUCAAACAGUCGGGCCUGAGCAUCACGCGGCCGCCCACCACGCUGGCUCGAUACACAAUGAUCCGCCACCUAAAACGACGGCCUCUCACGUGGAAGGUCCGCGGGAAGCUCGUGAGGACGUCGGGAAGACGCUACAGACUGGACGGACUCAACACCCUCAAGUACAGCCUCCUGGCCAUCCACCGCCAUCCACUCUUCACGCACCUCCUCCUCGACGUUGGCACUCCACCGGAGAACCUCGUGCGCCUCGACGCUCACUGAGGAGCUCCUUCUCGAAGCCGUUUCCCUCAAGGAGAAGCUCAUGCGCCUCGAAGAUCCCGAAGAGCUGUUCUCCCUCCUUCAAGUUGUUCUUCGAGGCAAGAAUCCGGUGACACAUGCUUUAAAAAAAAGAGACGUGAAAAUGGACAUCAUAAACCUGCCAUUUUUCUCACUUGGGCGAUGAAAGUGAUGAUAAUAGCAAUGAUAAAGAAUAUUACAAGUUACAAGGUAACUAAACAAAUCGUUAGAUUCAUGUCUUCCGUUAUGAAAACCAAGAACGGCAGCAAAACUAAAACAAAACAUGAAAAAAUACUAAAAGACCUAAGAGGAGCAUGUAAAUCGAGUCCAGGUUCAGAAAAAAUACAACUGGCAACUCACCCUAAACUCUGAGUUACUCCAAUUCGCCAAAUCUCUCUUAUUCUAAUCAGUUAAUAAUUGUUUAUAGAAAAUUAUAAUUAUUAUUGUUGCCAUCAUCAUUAUCAUCACUAUCAUUAUACAACAUUUCAAUUACUUUACACUUUAUUAUUCUUUACUUCAAAAGAAACUUAGCGAAUCGGAGUAAUGCAGAAUCCGGGUUGAGUUGCCGGUUUUUCCUUUUCCCGAGAUUGGCCAAGACGAAGACCGGAGGCGGCGGCUUAAACUCGUCCCUCCGUCGCUUCUCCGCCGUUUCUUCGUCCUCCUUGUGAUGACUGGGUGUGAUAACUUGUCUCUCGUCCUCUUGCAUAAUUCUUCCUUCUUUCCUCGAGUUAAAAAUGGUAAAAAAACGACGACGAAAAAUAAUAAUGUGAUACAUUAGGACGGUAGUUUAGUAAUACGGGAAAACGAAGCUAAAUUAAGAAAAAUAAAUUUUAAAAGAUAGGUCACUGAAUAAACUUGAAAUCACAUCUAUCAUAUACAAUUCGUUAAUGUUCAUAUAUUUAUGGAUCUCUUGCAUAGUAAAUAAUAAAAUAACUCAUUUUCACGAGAACAUGCCUCGUGCCCCCCGACAAACACACUUGAAAACUGACAAUAAUUAACAAUAAUAGAAACAAUAACAGCUUAAUGAACCGAAACCAACUGAUUAAUAAAAAGCACUCUUAAAUUACUGUAAAAGAUCCGACAUCCUGAAGCCUGAAGUUUGGUCGUUUACCUGUCGAUUUCAGUGUAUAAACCGAUAGAUAAGUGAAGGUAAGUACAAACGGAGAAGCAAGAUGGGAUAACACGGAUUCCAUACCAUCAACAAUGACGGACGACGUAUGCUAAGGCGGUGAGCAUAUUUUUUAUUGUUACUUAGAUUUAGCUUUUUAAUAUCAACAAUACGAUUGCCAAAAUAACCUAAGGAUACCUAGUUUUACCGUAUGUAAGAUACACCAGUGGCAUUUAGAAUUCCACUGAAAGGAUCGGGGAAAAAAAGUGAAAGUUUGUACGUAUCAUAUAAGACGAAAAAAAAAAUUGUCUCACACAGGGACGAAAUCGAAAAUUCCGACUGACAUAAGGUGAAUUUCCUAAUGUCAAAGGCACGAGGAAUCUGGGUCUUUGAAUUAGACUUAGAACCGUGUCUUCUAAGACUUAAACCUCUACCAUGUAACGUUUGAUAUGGACUUUUUUCUCAUUUUUACUGACCAGUUGUUUUGGCAGAUUUUGCUCAGCAACGGUUGCCAAGCAGUGCAUUUCCUGGGGCGAUUUGGAUGGUAUUUUCUGAUAUUUCCUUUGUGACAUGAACGUUGUUUGUAAUGUUUAAAAAUAAAGAGUGAAAGCAAA